GACGCGUUCUCCAUGCGACUCUCUCAGUGUGCUGUGCAGUGUGUGUACAUGGUGCGCUGCAGGUUAAGUGAGUUAAACAGCUGAACAGCGGCUACAUUAAUUAUCCAGGGGUUAGACAUGCAGGACUUUUGUCAGACAGGAGCUGCCUCCGCUCCGAGGUUUCAGUGAGACAGACGAGGCAGUGACGGUGAGGCAGAGUGGUUGUGUGUGUUACCCACAGUAAACCUAGCUGUGUUAGCUAACGUAGCCAGGGAGGUUUGCAUUGAAACACGUGUCGAGAAGAUACCAAACCAAGCUGAUCUAAACCCAGAUUAGACUUUGCCUUGUUGUGCUGAGAACACCACAAGAAUCGGCAACACAAGGUCAGCUCAGUGGAGUAUGGAGGCAGCGUUACACUUGAAGUAGCCAUUGGAGACAGUGGACCAUGGUCUGCAGUAUCUCCUUGUCACAAAGAAGACUAAAUAAAAUCCAGAUUCAACACUGCUGUGUAUGAGCUGUCUUGACUCGUUCCCACAGCUGUAAGGAUACCCACAACUCCAUGUUCUCAUGUGACCCUCUGCCAGUCUCUCACUGAUGCACCGAACACAGAGCCUCCGGAGCAAAGCAAAGUACCUCAAGAGGAGGAAGGGGUUCAUGUCUUCAGUCAAUGGAGUUUCUCAUCUGUCCAGGCGAGCUAAGAGACGCUUGUAUUGUAAAUUACAGCUCUGGAUGUGGAGGAAGCGGAGAGAGAAAUGCCGUUUUGGGAUUUUCAGAGCAAAGAAAAGAGCCUGUGGGAUCAGCUCUUGCUCCAGCCCCUGCCUCAGUUUAAAGGUACAAUCACAGAAAAAUAAAAGGAAAGUUACAACGUACCACACGUCGAACUUACAAAAUUCACAAGCCAGAACGUCAGCUGUCGUGUCACAGAUUGGGUGUGAUACUGAGGCUUCAGAGGACAAGCCUACAGGGCAGAAUUGCCAGCUGAAGCUACAUGAAUCUGUCAGUCUGUCAGAAACUUUGAUUGUUUCCAGUUCCCUGCAGAACCAGGGCACAGACAGAAAUGUUGCUGCAGGUACCGUCAUUCAAACCACACUGCCUCAAAGAACAGAAACCUUUGGACAGUUUUGUGAAAUUGCAAAUGCUUCAAAAUAUUCUCACACUGUCAAACCCCUGCUGAGUACAGACAGUGAGGCAUGUGGGGGGAUUACAAAGUUUAAGGUACCAAGGACAAUGACGCCAACACAAAGACUUGAAGUCGACUUGCCGUCGGGACAACACACUACUAUUACUCCUGAUCAGGACCAGGCUCCAAACAGAGAUGCUGAUGAGAGAGUCACCAGUAAAAAGUCUUCUCAAACUGAUGUCAGCCUCAAAGCACUAACUAAAGACAUCCACGAAUUCCUCAAUGACUUCUACAGAACAUAUGGAAGUUUCAUCCCCCUACAAAAGAGUGACGUGUUGAGACACCUGAGGAAGACGUUUAACACUGAUUUCAGUGACCGGAAAAACGUCAUCUUCUCAGAGGUUACCAAAUACAGAACUGUGAUCGUUCAGAAAUCCAUUCCCUCCUUCCAGGUGGUCUACAAGAAACACACACUGACACUGGAUGAUUUGUCGACACUGGCAGAUCAGAACUGGCUCAACGAUCAGGUCAUGAACAUGUAUGGAGAAUUGAUCGUGGAAUCUGCCCAUCACAAGGUCCAUUUCCUCAACAGCUUCUUCCACCGGCAGCUCAUGACUAAAGGAUAUGAAGGUGUUAAAAGAUGGACAAAGCAGGUGGAUUUGUUUUCCAAGAGUCUGCUCUUGGUGCCUAUCCACCUGGAGGUUCACUGGUGUCUGGUGACUGCUGACUUUGUCAAAAAGAAGAUUUGCCUUUAUGACUCUCAAGGGAACGCGCUCCAGAAGGUUGCAAGGAACAUCCUGAAAUACUUGAUGACAGAAGCAAAGGAGAAGCAGCAAACAGCUUUUGAAAAUGGUUGGGCAGUGUCGUUCGAUGAGAAAAUCCCACAGCAGACCAAUGAAAAUGACUGUGGAGUUUUUGUCCUGGAGUAUUCUAGAUGCCUUGCUCUUGCAAAACCUCUGCAGUUUUCACAGGAGGACAUACCAAAGAUACGUAAGAGGAUCUACAAAGAGCUCUGUGACUGUAAGCUCCAUGAAGAGGGCUGACCAGUAUCUUACAGUCGUAUGUCUGUAUCUAUGUAUUGCUGAUAAUUAUGUGCUGCUUAUUAUCUGGAUAUGAAAUCAGCAGUCCAUGCUCUCUCUGUGCAGGGCUUCACUGCUAACUCACAGAGUCACUUUUGUAUCAGGUGCACUGUUUAAACUAAACCAUAAUCCCUGUAUGAUGUCUGUAUUUAUAUGAUCAAUGUUUCAUCAGGCAUGUUAUUUAGAAAAAGAAAACAUUGUUCCUGGAGUUUACACAUCUACAGUGCACCACCAGAGCCUUACUGAAUUGACUGCCUAUUAAAAUGGAUUGAAUUUGUCAA